CUCUUCCUGCUACAACAUUUCACCACACCAAAAACACAGAAACAUUUUGAGAAACCAAAGAAGAAGAAGAACAAGCAAAAGCCAAAAAAAGAAGACUUGAACUUGAGAGAUGGAGCGCAGACAGUCAUAUGUGCUUGUCGCGCUCGUCGCAUUGCUUCUCUUGACCGAUAUUGUCAUUGCAGUUGCAGAGAGCGAUGGUGGCAAAGGCAACGGUAAUAACGGCAAGGGGAACGAGGGACAAGUAGACAAGGGUAAAGGAGGAAAUGAUGGCAAAGACAAAGGUAACGGUAACGGUCCAAAGGACAAGGAGAAGAAAGAUAAGGAAAAGGAGAAGAAUGACAAGAAAGAGAAGGACAAAAAGGAUAAGGAGGAAAAGGCAAAGAAAGAUAAGGAAAGGAAGGACAAGGAGAAGAAAGAAAAAGAGAGGAAAGAGAAGGAGAAGAAGGACAAGGAGCAGAGUGAAGCAGCUGCAAGAUACAGGAUGCUAACACCGAUGCCUACAGGACAAGAGCAAGCUAUGUGCGAGGCUCGGGGUGCAUGUUAUUAUAAGACUCUUGUUUGCCCCGGUGAAUGUCCCACGAGGAAGCCCAAGAAGAACAAGAACACCAAAGGUUGCUUCAUUGACUGCACUAGCAAAUGUGAAGCUACAUGCAAAUGGAGAAAAACAAACUGCAAUGGCUACGGAUCUCUCUGUUACGACCCUAGAUUUGUUGGAGGAGAUGGUGUGAUGUUCUAUUUCCACGGAUCCAAAGGAGGAAACUUUGCGAUCGUUUCAGACGACAAACUCCAGAUCAACGCUCACUUCAUAGGUACAAGACCCGUUGGAAGGACCAGAGACUACACAUGGGUUCAAGCCCUAAAUGUCAUGUUCGGAAACCACAAGCUCGUGAUCACAGCCAACAGAGUGUCUCAAUGGGAUGAAACAUCUGACGCCUUUACCAUCAGAUACGAUGGAGAACUCAUCACACUCCCUGAAGACGAACAAUCCGAAUGGAGGGAAAUUUCAGGACAAAAAAGAGAGAUCGUUAUUGAAAGAACCGACGAGAGGAACAGCGUAAGAGUACUAGUCUCUGGACUUGUUCAGAUGGACAUCNUUUAUUAA